AUGACGGCCAACUCAUGUCGUCUGAACGGCACUCCGACAGCGGAUCCGACCAAUCAGACACGCCCACGUUUGGCCAGAUCAUGUGGACUGGGCUACACCGAGACGCCGAUAAAGCGUGAGCUGAGCAAGCCGGUGGCCAGAGUUAGUGAUGCUCAUCGGGGCUCACAUCAUCGGCCUAUUUAUUCAUUUGUGGUUUACACUUGUUGUUGGCCCGAUGACAAGCGCCACAGUCACUGUAACACAAUUUAG